AUGAGUUCAAAAACGAAAGUUCUCUUGACAGGAGCAUCAGGUUACAUCGGAGGUGCUGUUCUCCAUGAGAUCCUUUCAUUAGGCAUAAAGGAUAUUCAUGUAUCAGCCCUUGUCCGAUCUGCGACACAGGUCAAAGGCAUCAGCACGCUCGGCGUAGCGGCAAUCAUCUUCAGAGGUCUCGACGAUGUUGAUGCGAUAAAGUCGGCGGCGGCUGAACAUGACAUUGUCAUCAAUUGCGCUUCUGCAAUGGAUCUCAACGCCUGUUUAGCAAUCCUCGAAGGUCUGGCAAUCAGACGGAAAGCGACUGGACGUGAUGUUCAUCUACUACAUACAUCGGGUACAUCAAACUACGCCGAUCAUCCGAUAUCAGGCACUCCAGAUCUGAGCAUCAAAACGGAUGAGAGCGACAUUUAUGGCUGGGAGAAAGCGAAUGCUGAUGGGUGGAUCCUACGAAAAGUCAAUACAACUUUGAUCGACACCGGGCUUGAAUAUGGCAUCAAGACUUAUAUCUUCAAUCCACCUCUAAUUUAUGGUAGAAGCAGUGGCCCUUUCAACCAAAAGUCCCUGCAAAUCCCGGCUCUGAUCAAUGUAUCCCUUGCUAGCCAGCAAGCAGUAGUGCUUGGCAGAGGAGAAGGAAUCUGGAACGUCACCCAUAUUGAUGAUGUCGCAAAGAUGUAUGGAAUCAUUCUCAAGAAUAUUUCGGAGCACAAGAGUAGUCCGUCUGGAAAGGAAGGAUACUACUUCUUAGACGCCGGAGAAGCCACCUGGAAAGAAAUCUCAGAGCAAAUCGCGCGGACAGGGAAGAAGCAUGGUCACUUCAAGUCAGAAGUUGUCAAGCAAGUCAACGCGGAGGAACUGGCGACCUAUUUCAUCAAGUCGUUUCCUUUCCUCAAUGCGUCCAUGGUCGAGGUGAUCUGGGGCUCGAACUCUCGGACCAGAGGAGAGAGGAGUAGAGCUUGGGGUUGGUCGCCGUCAAAAUCACUUGAGGCUUUCCGCGCCUCGUUCGAUGAUGAGUGGGAGUAG